ACAAAAUUUUGCACGUGCUUCAAACUGUGACUGCCUUUUGCGCCAGAGCCCUAAACCCACCGCCAUGGCUCAAGGCCAAGGACGGCCGAACAACUCCAUGAAAAGCCCUAACCGCCAAUUCUCCGCCGGCAACGGCAACGUCGAUGCCCUCGCCACGAAGAGGAAAGCGCUCGCGCAGCACAGGAAGUCCCUCCCAAUCGCUUCUGUUGAAAAACGGCUAAUCGAGGAGGUUCGGAAGCACGAUACUUUGAUUAUUGUUGGCGAAACUGGAAGCGGAAAAACAACACAAUUACCUCAGUUUUUGUUCAAUGCUGGGUUUUCCGGAGACGGAAAAGUCAUUGGGGUAACUCAACCUAGGCGUGUGGCUGCAAUGACUGUGGCGAAGCGGGUUGCUGAGGAAUGCGGCGGUAGUUUGGGUCAGAAGGUUGGUUACUCCAUUAGAUUCGAGGAUGUGACUUCUAGUUCAACACGGAUCAAGUACAUGACAGAUGGAUUGCUCCUGAGGGAAGCACUAUUGGAUCCAUAUCUCUCUAGGUAUUCAGUUAUAAUUGUUGAUGAAGCUCAUGAGAGAACUGUCCAGACAGAUGUGCUACUAGGCUUGCUGAAAAAUGUACAAGAUGCAAGGUCAAAAUCCCUCAACAACCUCCAGAAUACUAAAAACCAGAAAACAAAUGAUGACAUGCAUUCGAAAGAAAACGGUGCUCAGGGCUUCCGUUUUCUCAAGCAAUACCAAGGAAGGACCCCUUUGAAGUUAAUUAUCAUGUCUGCCAGCUUGGAUGCAAAUUUCUCUGAGUACUUCGGUGGUGCAAGAGCUGUUCACAUCCAAGGGCGACAGUUUCCGGUGGAUAUAUUUUAUACACAUCAUUCUAUACAAGAUUAUCUUGAUGCUUCGUUAACCACAAUAUUGCAGAUUCACCUGGAGGAGGGCCCUGGUGAUAUACUUGUAUUUUUGACGGGUCAAGAAGAAAUUGAAUCUGCAGAAAGACUUGUCAAAGAAAGACUUAAACAGUUACCAGAAAAUAGUCAAAAACUAGUAGCUGUUCCUAUAUACUCAUCUCUUUCGUCAGAACAUCAAAUGCGAGUUUUUGCACCAGCCCCUCCUGGAUUUCGUAAGGUAAUAUUGGCAACAAAUAUUGCUGAGACAUCAUUGACAAUAUCUGGAAUCAAGUAUGUUGUAGAUCCUGGGUUUGUAAAAGCACGUUACUAUGAUCCAAACAAAGGGUUGGAAUCUUUGGUGGUUGUUCCAGUUUCAAAAGCACAGGCUCUUCAAAGGAGUGGGCGUGCAGGAAGAGAAGGGCCAGGGAAAUGCUUCCGCCUCUACCCAGAAGAUCAAUUUGGCAAACUAGAGGAUUCAACAAAGCCAGAGAUCAAGCGAUGCAACCUCUCUAAUGUCAUUUUGCAACUUAAGGCGCUGGGUGUUGAUGAUAUCACUGGGUUUGACUUUAUAGAAAAACCGUCGAGGUCGGCUAUUGUCAAAUCACUGGAGCAAUUGUUCGUACUGGGUGCUUUGACAGACAACUGCAAAUUGUCAAAUCCAGUUGGAAUCCAAAUGGCUCGCCUUCCCUUAGACCCUAUUUAUUCAAAGGCUCUAAUCGUAGCAAGUGAAUUCAAUUGCCUGGAAGAGAUGUUGAUAAGUGUUGCAAUGCUCUCGGUGGAAUCAAUAUUUUUUAAUCCCCGUGACAAAAUAGAAGAGGUGAGAUCUGCGCAGAAAUCCUUUGCAAGUCCAGAGGGAGACCACCUCACUUUGGUUAAUGUAUAUCGAGCUUCCAAUGAGUUCUUGGAGAAGAGAUCAGGUCUUAGUAAAGAGAAGCGUGAAAAAGCUUUCCGGAAAUGGUGCAAGGAUAAUUUCAUUCAUAGUCGCUCCUUGACAAAUGCUCGUGACAUUCACAGACAAAUUCGAGGGCAUGUUGAACAAAUGGGUCUUCGUAUCACCUCUUGUGGGGAUGAUGUGCUUCAGUUUUGCAGAUGUCUUGCCGCUUCUUUCUUCCUCAAUGCAGCUUUAAAGCAGCCUGAUGGAACAUACAGGGCUUUAGCAAAUGGUGAGGUGGUUUCUAUCCACCCGUCUUCUGUGUUAAGAAAUAGACCAGAGUGCCUAAUUUACAAUGAACUGGUCGAAACUAGUAGAAAAUUCAUCCGCAACACAACUAGAAUCGACUUUAUGUGGUUAACUGAGCUUGCUCCUCAAUUCUAUGCCAUGCAGAAUUGAAGGUAGUGCGAAGAGGCAUGGCUCAGAUGAUUCGUUUGAAAGCUCUACUGCCAUUCGCUUUUUUUUUUUUUAUGCCUGAUCCUGACGUGCAACAAGAUAAGGAGUGGUUGCAGAAUCGGUGGCUUGGACAUCUGAUGCUGGCAUAGCUAGAUGUUGUUUAAUGUUGAGAUAAGUUGACUGGUUGAUUAGAUGCUCAGAACCUGGACCAUGUGGUCCAUCCGCCACCUACUCGUGAACUGGAGCAUUCUUGAAGAGCUUAAUCCUGUCCAGCCAAGCAGCUACCUGCAACGGCUUCACAAUUGCAAAAUGACGAGAAGUGCUGUUGUAGCGUUUGGUUGACAUGCUGUCGAUGCUAAGCAUCUAAAGCUAAGCUAAAUCCAUGUUGGAUGCCAUCUACUUUCUUCGGGUUUUCAGCGAGAAUGCAACUUAAAACUGUUGAUACAGAUGGUGGUGAUAGGUUAACGACGACGAGAAUUAUGCCAUAACGAUGAACCUGAACUUGGAAACAAGAACAGGAAUAUGUACACUGAUGAAGUCCAAUCUGUUUGUUUUCUGUUAUGUAUCUCAUACAACUGUAGAAAUGAAUCUAUGUGGAAAAUGUGUGCCUUCAAGUAUCCAACAUGAAAGUUUGACUUGCA